GGAAGGAGGGACCGACCGGCCGGGGCGGCGCCGGCGCCUCAGGAGGCCUCCGGGCCCGACAGGCCUCAGGCGGCGGAGGGGGAGGGGCCUCUCGCGGAAGGGGGUGGGAUGAUGGAGGAGUGAUGGGCGGCUGAGGGAAACCGCCGUUUCUCUUCCCCCCCCUUUCUUUCUCCUCAGGAAAAAGAGAAAGCGCUGGUUUUCUGAGGUGAUUUCUUGCCCCCUCAGGCAGCUCGAGAGGAUGGUGCCAGAAGGAGGCCUUUACAGCUCCUCCGAUCCUGCUUACUGGACGGCUGCUUUGGAGGUUUACCAGGACGCAGUGAAGGCCAAAGGACGCAAGCAGCCGAAACUUCUUCUCUUGGAUAAAUGGUACCAAGAGGAGCUGCCUGGGGCUGUUACUCAACGGAAGGAAAAAUACUUGACGAAGGAGGAGCUGGUGAAGCUGAUGGAAUGGAAGCUUUGUAGAGGCACAUUUCGUCCUCGGCUGCAGCAACUGGUGGCCACAAAUGCCAGUGAGACGGUGGAGGACUGCACCAGAAAGGCUUUUGAGCUUCUUCCCGACAUCGCAGCGGCUGUGAAGGAGCUGAGCAAGCUCAAGGCGGUGGGACCUGCUACAGCUUCAGCCAUCUUGGCUGCAGGAGCCCCAAAGACAGCGGCAUUUAUGGCCGAUGAAGCGGUGGAGUCCAUUCCAGGCCUGGCCCCCGUUCGGUACACCCUGAAGCACUACUUAUGCUAUCUAGAUCGAAUCCAGAGCUGUGUGGAAAGGCUGAACAGAGCUGACGAGAGGAAAACAUGGACACCUCACCUGGUCGAAAGGUGCCUCUGGGCUUCGGCUGUUGCUGAUAAACUGCAGGUGGCCUCCCUCCAGGUCUUAGAUGGGGAGAAGGAGGAAGCAGGCCAUGGCCCCGAAGAAGCGGAUCGGGCCAGAAAGAAACCGAGGAGGGAAUGAAGGCUUCCAGACCCCUACGGGGUUUGUACCAAUCCCCAUCUUUCCGUGUGCAGAAAAGCUGAAGCUGGCAUAUGCGUAGAAGUCAUAGCAAGGGAGACUUUCUGUCUCAGGCCUAUCAAGAGCCCCACACUUGUGGGUCAAACGAUGCAGCAGUCCCAGCAGGAGAGCCCGUCAAGGUGGUUCUGCCUUCUUGAUGCUGGGACCUACAGGAGAAAG